AUGACUCACAAUUGUAAAUCAAAUCGUUCACAGAGCUCACAAAGAGCUUCAUCCAUGAAAAUUGCAAGACAGCAAGAAUCCACUUAUGAUACUGAACAGCGCAGACGUGACCAAGCAACACGUCAGGCAGAAGUCAGAACUGGAGAAACUUCUGCGCAAGCUGAUGCUCGGCGUCUGGAAAAUCCUAUCCGCAUAGUUUCUCCGCGUGCAUCAGAGACAACUGAUGAGGCAGCUUUUCCGCGUCAAGAAAAUGCACAGCCUAUGGCCACACAAGACACAUGGAGAAGCAGCUACUCGGCGUCAAGAAAACGCACAACGUUGUCCAUACAGCGUGCUAUUGAAACACAUCAUGAAGGAACUUCUCGACGGCGAGAGCAUGCCCAGCUUAUGACUCAUCAGCGUGCAUUAGAGACACCUGAAGUAGCAGCUACUCGGCGUCAAGAAAACGCACAACGUUGUCCAUUCAGCCUGCCAUUGAAACACAUGAUGAAGGAACUUCUCGACGGCGAGAGCAUGCCCAGCUUAUGGCUCAUCAGCGUGCAUUAG